AUGAUAGAAUAAGAGGAAAGACAUGAUGGAAGACAAGCAAACUAGAAUUAGCAGCAGCGAUAAAAUAGAGAACUGAUUAGAAGAGUUAACGAUAAUUAGUUUGAAAGAUAAAAUAGCAAUGAUAGAAGAAAUUCUCAAUAGUAGCAAGAAAGAGCUGGGCCUUAAUAACCCUAACUGCAUGCUUAGCAAUAGCAGAAGAAACCUAAGAGGAAAAUACCGAUAGGUAGAUUUAUUAAGUCUGAUUUCGUUGGAAAGGACAAAUGCUCUCUUGUGAAACAUGUUGAUAUGAGGCCUACAGACAAAGUUCAAAGGAAGAUUUUUAAGUAUUUGUGCCCGAUCUGUUUCAGAUACUUUAAUGAAAUGUUGAACUGUAUAGCUUGCAAAAAUUAUGUCUGUCUUCCCUGCUCAAGAGACCUAAUUAAGUAAGAAUUAAGGAGAACAAAGACACUAGUACCACCACCCGAAAAUAUUUGUAUUACUUGUCCGCAUUGCAUGAAAUCCUCGACUGACGAUAACCCUAUUCUGUUUGAAGAUAUAGAUAAAACUAAACCACUCAAGCUUUAUACAGAUUCACCUACUGGAACAAUUGUCUUAACUCAUGAUAUCGGCAUACAAGAAGAGUUAAAAAUAAGCAUGACUAAAUUUAACAUUGGCAAAGAUGUUCAAGGCUUGAGUUUCAAUAAAAAUAGUACCCAGAAGAAAUAAGGCAUAAUGAUCAAGCUACCUUAAUCAAUUAGUGGUUCUAAUUAGUUUGGACACUAGGCAAAUCAGCAAAGUUGCAAAUCUUUGGUCGGAUAGUUUGUAAAUAAAGCUCAUUUGGAAGUAUUAAAGUCUCAAGAUAUUGAGGACCAACUCUAUGCGCGGAAAUUAGUAGAUAUUCUUUGCUUCUCACCCAGAAAUACCAAGAAACUUGACCAUCAAAUUUUGAAUCACGAUUAGAAUUACUUGUAUUACAACUAUCAGAGUAUAGGGAAAGACUUGCCUGCAGAGAAAAACAAAGUUGAACAGUUUAGAAUGUCUAUGGAUUCUGGAUAACUUAGAAGCACAAGAAAAAUUCAACCCCAAAUGAAUACAAUGUUUAAAGAGCAUUUUUGGAGCCUUGAGUUUCUUCAAUAACUAGGUCAACAAAAUGGAAGAAUAGGAAUGUAAAACUCUAUUAAGAGUCGGAGAAAUUAACAAUCUUUCCAAAGUAAAACUUUCGAGGAUCUUGCAUAAUCCUAGCCAAAAUCAAUCUUUAAUGAUGAUGUAAUAUAGUAGCCAAUUACAUAUAUGAAUGGAUUUCCACAAAGACUAAUGAUGUCCCCUGGUCGUCAUAGCAAUAUGCUUUCAGUAGCAAAGCCACCCUUACAUUAAAAUUCUGCUUAGAGGAGAAAUAGGUUGACUGUGAAAAAUCAGGAUAGAUCAAAUUUAGAUAUAAAAGACUAAUAGUCAAAUAUGAAACAUAGCAUAGGAUCGUAGAGCAAUUUUUAGAUGGAGUUUUAUAGAAAUAGUGUUGGUGGAUUCAACGUUGUGAGUUCUCCAAAAGUAAUAGUACUUUCAAACAGAGAUGGCGAAUCAAUAUUCAAUUCUAAUAGCAAGACGUUUAAUAAUAGGGAUGAUCUUGAUAGUAGUGAAGAGGAUGAUGAGGACUUAGAAAGGAAUCAUGACGACAAUGAUUUUUAGAUAACCUAAGCUAAAGAUAACCACUUUAAGCCAAAAUCAAGUCCACCUAGAUUCUAGCAAGCUGAAGGGGAUAAAUAUAAAUCACCCUUCAAAAUGAUAAAUCCAAAUGAAAUUUCUUUAUCUAAGUAUGAUCAAAUUAUACCAACUUCUUAAAAUCCAUUUCAGUUACUAACUAAUGGAGUAGUAAAGAUUGGUGAAUACCUAUAGAACUAAAAGUAAAAACCCUUCCAAGAUAGUUAGGAGGAAUCUAAGGAUUACACAAAUCAAGACCCAGAAUUCAUAGAAUUCUCUGAUACAUAUCUAUAAGUUUCAGUAAACUAUGUAGGAGAAGUUAACGGUCCUUAAACUAAUGAACCAUUAAGUCAGUUUAAAAGUGGGAGAGACUCUUUGAUUUACUCAGACUGUGAUCUUAACGACGAGGAAGAUCAUUUAGGGGCUUCAUUGACACAUAGGAUUCAAGAGGGUGAAGAUUCUAUAAAUAAAGAACCUCCUGGAUCUGGUGAUAGAAUGACGGAUGACAAAGACCCUUUAACAGUAAGCAAUGGAAUUUCAAUGUAUGGUUCAGAUUACAUGAUCCCUAGUAAGAGAGGAGACUAAAGACCAGCUAAGUAAAAUAGAACAGCUAAUAACUUCAUUUAAUAUGUGCAAACAUAAAGCAAUGAUAAUCAGUUUGAUUUGAUGUUCCCACUAAGAAAUGAUAUAGAUCAUAGCAAAAAUAAGCUUCUCUAUGGAGGUGGGAUGAACGAUGAAGUUUUCAGUGAAAAGCAAAGCCAACUUAGCAAAGAUUUCACCAAUUAGAUAGCAAUCAAGAAGGAUAUAAGUGACAAUGAAGAAAGCUAUUUUGAUCCAUAUACAGCCAAAAUUAACAAUCAUCAUUGA